AUGUCUUUCCACGCCUCCGCUGAGAACAUUAGGGUCGAGGGCACCACGCUCUGCGCUAUGCUCCGCAACGCAAACGGUGAGAUGUGCGACUGCACUUGUGACCUGAACGACUAUAUUGGCAACAACGAGGGUCGCUUCGAGUGGGGUGGAUCCAACUUCUCUGGGAGCGCCGAGAGCAUCAGCUUCAACAUGGAGGGUGAUGGCCAGCCUAUCCUCCGUGCCCGCCUUCGCGACUCCAACGGCGACGUUCACGAUGCUGACAUCAACCUCGCCGAGAGGAUCGGCAACGACAACGGCAGCUUCCAGUGGCGUGAGUGA